CAUACAGAGUAUGCCUGUAUUAUGCGUAAGUGAUAGUUCAGGACGAAUUAAAACCCAUGUCAGUAUCUUUCUAAAUGCGUGCAGCGAGCUACCUGUGUGGGAUUCGUGGGGCUUGUGCAGUGGCCCGGCGCGUGCAAACGGGGGGUUGGGGAGCGGAGUAGCGCUCGCUCUCCCCACCACAGUCCGGGCUUGCGUUAACAUGACCAGGGCCACUCGGGAGCAGCAGAAACAACCAUGCAUCUGAACUGAAAUCGCUCACGUUAAAGCGCACUUUGGAUUCGUGCACGUUUGCACUGUCUAGAUGAUUUGGUGGAGGCGACGAGUAUUCGCUAAUUUUUGUCAAUGAAUGAAUCUUUUACAAUAAUUUUUUGGAGAGGAGCGCCGCCGAUGAGGCGAUACUAGAGUAGGAAGAAUGAGUGCUAAACCCGGGCCUAGUGUCGCUCCUGCUGGGACUCUCCAGAUCCGCUUUCACAAAUUGAAAAAAAGUGGCUCUACGUGUCCAAAUUUGAAAGGAUGUCGAAAGGUUUUGUUGUGACCGAGCCGUAAAUGGAUGAAACCAUGACAACAUGAAUCAGUCAUAUAAAGUGGCUGCCAGAGAUGGCUCGGAGUGUCGUCCUGACCUGCAGGACCCCCGGGCGCACGACAGCCGCAUCACUUCUUGUGGACUCCACCACGUGGGGAAACGACAAGCGGAUCAGUCAUCCACUGUGCGUCUCCCGAACUCGGGCUACAAACACACUGCCCAGUUUUCCUACAGUCAGAGAGAAGCUUCUUCCAGCUACAGUCCGCUCCGCAGACUCCAGGACCUGACAACCAUGGUGAACAGGCCCGAUAAGAGCUUACAAGACAGAGACUUCCAUGGGCGUGACAAGGCUCACUCUCACAGCCCUGCGGCGGGUUCUGAGUUCGGGUUCGGCCCGGUCCGCUCGCCCUGCUCCCACGCUCAUGGUACCGAUGAGAGGGCUUACAGGAAUGUCCAGGAUCUGGACAAGAACGGUUUUUCCCCCGUGAGCUCCGACAGCCUGGAGCACUUCUCUCCCAUCCCCAAUGGCUUCCUACAUUUCGAGUCGAGUCUGUUCGACAGUGGCGACAGUAAAGAUGACAAGGAGGAGGAGGAUGACGAGGAAGAGGAGGAGAAGGUGGACGAAGACAGGGCGUCGUUCAAACCUCCAUCUAAGUCGAGGGAUUCGAUGAUUGCAAGGAGUUCUGUCGGCCCAGCAGACCUCAACAGACAUGAACCCUUUGACCCGGCCCCUAAAGACCCGCAGCAGACUCAUGCCGCGGCCAGCCCCCCUCCGCUACCCGUCCACGUCAUGCUGGAGGAUUUUGACAGCAUGGAUGACCACUCGGACAGUGAGUUUGACCUGCCCAGCACUGAAAACUGCGCGGCAAUGUUCAACUCCGGUCUGCCUCAAAGACUGAGCUCACCCUGUGACACCCACUCAAGCCCUUCGAACAGUCCAAAGAAGAAGCCUCUCCCGGGGGUGAAGUAUGCUGUGGGCGAUGUUGUGUGGGCCAAGUUUAACCGUAGACCAUGGUGGCCUUGCAGAGUGUCUAUAGAGCCGCUGUCUGAGAUGCACACCAGGAUGAAAGAGCCCAGUCGCAGGCCCUGCCGCUUGUACUUUGUCAGGACCUUUGGGGAGAUCGUGGACCAGGCAUGGGUUUCUGGGAAAGCCACGCAUCCUUUCGAAGGAGGCCAUCAGUUUGACAAGCUCCCGGUGCUCAGACGGCGAGGCAGACAGAGAGAGAAGGGCUACAAAUACACGGUUCCAAAGCGCUUGAUGCCUUUGUGGACGACCAGCGUAAGAGAGGCUGAGGCUGCCCUGCCCCAGGCUGUCAACUGCCAGCCUCCUCCUGCCUCUGUGACGGAUGUGCACAUGCUCAUUACGGAGGAGAGGUCCACCACUCCAACCUGCUCCGCCACCCUCCCGCUGGCUUCAUUGGGCUCCGUCUUCUCCAACGGACAUGAUCUUCCAGCCACUAGCUCUGUGAAGGAAACCAAGGAGGAGAGCCAAAAGAAGUUAUUCACUAAGAAGAAGAAGAAGAAGAGUUCCGUGAAUAAGAGUCCAGUUAAAGUGAAAGAUGGGACGUUCUCUAAGUUGAUGUCGAGCCCCGUUACGGAUGUUUCCAGAACUCCUGCUGCUCCUUUGAAGGGCAGCGAAUCGGAUGGCAGGGAUUGUCCUUAUUUGGACAUUGAUACAGUCCCCAGGAUACUGUGUCCCAAACGUUCAGAAGAACAGCCGGAAGCAGGACUGGAGAAAGAGCUUGGCGGUGAUCAGAAGGCUGAACGCAUAGGUAAAAAAACUAAAAAAGGCCGUAAGGUGGAGAAAAGUGCGGCAUCGAAACGCACAUCGGACAACAGCCGCUCCGCCGUCGACAGCCAGGCGUCCGCGGCUUCCUGUUGCAGGCAGCUGGGGGGCGAUUCGCCUAGUUUUUCAGAUGGCUCAUUUGAGAUGCACUCAUUCUACCUGCCCAUGAGCUGCAGGCUCAUGACCCGGGCGCUGGCCGCGUGCGAGGGGGCUGGCGCAGGUGGCCCGGUUGACCCCACUUGUGAGCCCUCAUCCCUGUCCCCGCUUCCUGGCAAUGAGAGCAGUUUGCUGUCCCCUGUCACAGACGCGUCAGAGAGCAGCGGGGCACGGUGGCAGGUGAAAACGGCCCCCGAAGAGGACCCGACAUGCCCACCGUCCUUGCAAUGCAGUGGAGCUUCGCCAAGUCCUACCCUGCUGAAGCUUACCAGAGUCUGGUCUGAUAAAGAGCCUCAGAACGGGCCUAGUUGGAACGCCAAGGAGCCCAAGGUUGAACCCGUGGAAGCACUCAUCAGUACCGUCAAAAUCAAGAAAGAAGAGGAUGCUUCCUACACCUCCUCUUCUUCCUCCACUACCCACUCUCCACCCCCAUCACCCACAGACACUUUGCAUGACGUGAAGGAGCUCUCCUUCAAGUCUCUGUUGAAAGAGGAGCAAGGCUCCGACGAGGCGUCGCUGCGUGCUGAGUCCGACUACAAGUUCAGCACUUUCCUCAUGCUGCUGAAAGACCUGCAUGACAGCCGAGAGAGGGAGGGAAGGCCCCUGACCCUGCCACCUGCGCCGCCCGAAUCCCUCAUCAAGCAGGAGCCCUCGCUCAUCCCCACAUCGCCUGACGACCCCACCACCCCCGAUGGAGCUCGAGACCAGGGCCACGUCCCAGUCGCGGCCCUCCAGAACGGUCCACAGGGCAAAACGCCUGCAAGUGCCUCCAGGCCCGGCAAACCUAAGGCGAAGUCCGGAGGCACAAAGGAGGCGCAAAAACACGAGAGCACCAACAGCUUGGCUGCUCAGUGCCCCGGCUCCAGCAGGCACGGGAAGAAGCAGGGCUCGCCGGUUGAGCGUGAGGUGCUCGGGGCGAGAGCGGCAGCACCAGAGGAGCUCUCGAACUGCCACUCCGAAGGCGGGCAAGAGGGCAGCACCAAGAGCGCGGUCUCCACAGUGGCCCCGAAAAAGCGAUGGCAGACGUUCGAGGCAGAAGCUGUCGAGAGCACCAAGCCAAAGAGUGACCAGAUCGGCCCUCUGGUGCAAGACAGGGUCAGACCACCCUCCAGACUGAACGGAGUGUUUGAGGAGAGCUUCCAAAGCUCCGAGUUGAUUGCGGCAGAGAAGAAGGAAGGUUCUGAGAGCAAAAGACUCCGGAAACCGAGUAAAAGGAUGAUUGAGUGGGGUGAGGAGUACGAACAGAUCUUUUCUCCAAAGAAAAAACUGAAGAGGACCCCAGAGUCCUCUAAAGCAGGGUCCUGGAUUAAUAACACUAAUGUGGGGCAGCAGCCCUUCGAACCUAAACCAGCUGACUGUGUAAGUUCAGACGUAGCUCCGCUGCCAGAGCUAUUGACGGCCGGUCCACCCCAGCAUCCCAAGCAGCAGUUUACUGCAGCUGUACUGGCCCACGCCCUUCCUUCGCCACCACCCCCGUUGACGCCCUGUAAAGCUGCCUCACCCGAAGCGGAAUCGCCCGAAAGGAAAGCCGCCUCGUCGGAAAGGAGGAGACCGCGGAAGCCCACACACAGAGCACUGGAGUGUGCCAUUGACGAGGAACUGCUCAGGAACCCAAAGAAGAAGGAGUCUAAACAACAGGGUAAUUGGCCAGAGGAAUCGGGUGUCUCAGACUUCAAGAAAAAUGAGGUUCCCGGGACCACUCUGUCCAGCCCACCUUCUGUAUCAGGAAUUGCCCCCAGGUCAGGCGAUGUGCAGACACCUUCCUCGGCUGAGCCGGUUUCACCGAGCGUGCCUCACAGUCAGCAGACUGGAGAACACUGCAGCCCUUCUGAGCCAAGGAUGGAGGAGCAGAACUCAGCCAACGCCCCGGGACCUCUAGGCACAGAGAUCAGUACUCCAGGAACUCUGGUCACAGAGGUGUUUGGCGCAGCACUGAACGAGGGUGUUCUCUCUGCGAGAGACUCGCUAAGCACUGAUGCUGGGUUGUCUAGCAACAAGAAGGUGGGGGAGAAAGGUGGUGCUGCUUCCCUGAAAGAGAACGUUUGUCAGGUGUGUGAGAAGACGGGUGAGCUGCUCCUGUGUGAGGGACAAUGCUGUGGAGCCUUUCACCUUGAUUGUAUUGGCCUCAGCGAGACUCCCAAGGGACGCUUCAUCUGCCAGGAGUGCACUACAGGUGUGCACACGUGUUUCGUCUGCAAGAAGCCCGGCGCGGAUGUCCGGCGGUGUAUGAUCCCCGUGUGCGGCAAGUUCUACCACAUGGAGUGCAUUGUGAGGCACGCCCCCACAGUCCAGCAGAGCCGCGGGUUCCGCUGCGCGCUCCACGUCUGCCUGGCCUGCUACAUCACCAACCCGCUCAACCCUUGCAGCUCCAAGGGCCGUCUGACCCGCUGCGUGCGCUGUCCUGUGGCCUACCAUGCUAAUGACUACUGUAUGGCUGCGGGCAGCGUCCCCCUGGCAAACAACAGCUUCCUGUGCCCCAACCACUUCACCCCCCGCAAGGGCUGCAAGAACCACGAGCACAUCAACGUCAGCUGGUGCUUUGUCUGCUCCGAAGGGGGCAGCCUCCUGUGCUGUGAGUCCUGCCCUGCAGCUUUCCAUCGCGAGUGCCUGAACAUGGACAUGCCCAAGGGGAGCUGGUACUGCAACGACUGCCGAGCAGGCAAGAAGCCCCACUACAAAGACAUCCUGUGGGUGAAGGUGGGCCGCUACAGGUGGUGGCCAGCAGAGGUGAGCAUGCCCAAGAACGUCCCAGAGAACAUCUCGCGCAUGCGGCAUGAGGUGGGCGAAUUCCCAGUGCACUUCUUCGGCUCCAAAGACUACGUGUGGACGUACCAGGCACGGUGCUUUCCUUACAUGGAGGGCGACGCCAGCAACAAAGAGAAAAUGGGGAAGGGAGCAGACGCCGUCUACAAGAAAGCAUUAAAUGAGGCAGCUGAGCGGUUUCGGGAGCUGCAGGCAGAGAAAGAGAUGAGGCAGCUUCAGGAGGACAGAAAAAAUGAUAAGAAACCACCGCCAUAUCGACACAUAAAGGUGAACCGUCCGGUGGGGAAGGUGCAGAUUGUGACGGCGGACCUGUCGGAGAUCCCGCGCUGCAACUGCAAGUCGACGGAUGAGAGCCCGUGUGGCAUGGACUCGGAGUGCAUCAACCGCAUGCUGAUGUAUGAGUGCCAUCCGCAGGUGUGCGCGGCAGGCGUGCGCUGCCAGAACCAGAGCUUCUCCAAGCGCCAGUACAGCCCUGUGGAGAUCUUCCGCACGCUGUCCCGCGGGUGGGGGCUCCGCAGUGUCUCCCACAUCAAGAAGGGCGCCUUUGUGAGCGAGUAUGUGGGGGAGGUGAUUGACGAGGAGGAGUGUCGCACACGGAUCAAACAUGCACAGGAGAACGACAUCUCCAACUUCUAUAUGCUCACGCUAGACAAGGACCGCAUCAUCGACGCAGGACCGAAGGGUAACCAGGCUCGCUUCAUGAACCACUGCUGCCAGCCCAACUGCGAGACACAGAAGUGGACAGUGAACGGGGACACACGAGUGGGCCUCUUCGCCCUGGAGGACAUCCCUGCAGGUGUGGAGCUCACCUUCAACUACAACCUGGAGUGUCUUGGCAACGGGAAGACCGUGUGCAAAUGUGGCGCUCCGAACUGCAGCGGCUUCCUGGGGGUCCGGCCUAAGAACCAGCCUUCGGCGGAUGAUAAGGCGCGUAAAUUGAAGAAGAAGGCGGCUGUGAAGCGGAAGAGCCAGCUGGAGGUGGUGAAGGAGCGCGAGGACGAGUGCUUCUUCUGUGGCGACUCGGGCCAGAUCAUCUCGUGCAAGAAGCCUGGCUGUCCCAAAGUCUAUCACGCAGACUGUCUAAACCUGGCCAAGAGACCUGCCGGUCGCUGGGAGUGCCCGUGGCAUCAGUGUAACGAGUGUGGUCAGGAGGCGGCCUCCUUCUGCGAAAUGUGCCCCAGCUCCUACUGCAGUCAGCACCGCGACGGCAUGCUCUUCAUCUCCAAGCUGGACGGGAAACUGUCCUGUAGCGAACACGACCCAUGUGGGGCUGACCCCUUGGAACCGGGCGAGAUCCGGGAAUAUGUGCCGGGCACAACCAUCCUACAUCCGCCGCCCAACAUGGGUGGACGAGGACUCUCCACACUCAGGCUGCCCCAGCCGACCCAGCUCUACAUUCCAGCCCCGAGCCGGCCCGUGUUCGGCAGCCAGCCGAGGUUUGAGGACGAGGUGGUGGUGGACGGAGCAGUGCUCCCCGCCUCUUCUCCUCCUAGGGAGGUGAAAGAGGAAGACGUGGGUGAGGAAGAGGGAGAGGUGCUGGAGGGCGUGAUCGGGGACGAGGACGAGGAGCUGGAGGUAGUAGGGGAUGAAGAUGAGGAGGGAGACAUGGAUUUUGGAGAUGUGGGGUUUGAUGAUGAUGACGAGGAGGGCGACGAGUUCGAGGACGAGUGGGCUGACGAAUGCGUGGACGAUGACUUCGACGCUGAGGGUCUAGGGGAGGUGGACAUGGGGGAGGCGUCGUAGACGGACACUGGCGCUUAUCCAUUCUGUUGGAUAUCCCACAUAUCCGUCUCUCACUCUCGCACUAGCCCGCCUCCACAGCUCCCGGUGACCAGCAGGAGGCGCUAGAGAACAGCGAGAGGGCCAGGAACAGGACCGAGGCCUCAUUCAAAAAGAAUCUCGCUCCAAGAGUGCUGUUUCUGGGUCAGUCAUGCUUUUAAGCACAUCGCAGCGAUGGCCUACAAUGACAACAGUAAAACUGAUCUGGGAUCAGCACCUGUGCUCAGAGGUGCUUGGAGAAUACAGGCACUGGAAAUUGUCUAGUUAGUGCUUCACUGAAUGCGAAGCAACUGUUGAAAUCCGAUGGCCAUAUGCAGCAUGCUGAGGUUUAUUAUGGGGAUCAUCUUGCCUUCUCUACCCAUGUCCUCUUUAACAGCUCUGUAGAGGGGGACUGAAAGUGGUGCUGUGGCCUUUUGACCCUGUGAUCAGAAGUCCAGUAGUGGGUGUAAAGUUACUGUCUGGUGCUCUUUUGUGUUUUUGUUUAGGUUUUUUUUGUUUUGUUUUGUUUGUUUGUUUGUUUUUUCUUCCACUGACUGUUUACAUUUUUCUUUCUGGGAAAAACAAAAACAUGACGAAGAGUGAAAUCCAGAAAGUCACAUGGUCACACAGAGGGCUGCGAUACUUAAGUAAUGAUUCUUUUACAGUAUCUGUGAUGCACUUUUGGAUAUCAAUCAUCCUUUCAUCCAAACUGGAGGCUGGCUCCAUUUGUCCCAUUUAAAAAAUUAAAUAACAAUAAAUUUAAUAAAAAGCCGUGGAGUACUAAUGAAAAGUCCUAAAAGCUAUGCAAGUUAUGAAUGGGCGAUGUUGAAAAGGUUUGCUUUAGGCACCAUGCUAACUAGCCACAAAUGUCCAUUGAUUUCACUGGGCUGACAUUUCCUGAGCACGCGGUGAAGGUGUCCUGGGUGUGACAGGCGUCCUGAACCUCUUGAGCUGACACUUGAUGUUGAGACACAUGGGCGCUGCUUAAAGAUGCUGAAAGGAGCUGUAUGUGGCUGGAUCAGCUGUUGUUACUCAGACACUGAUCCUUACGCUCGGUGUCAACGGAAGCUCUGGCGGCAGUCUUUCAGAGAGCCCUGACUGGUCUGAACGGAGAAUUGGCAGAGCAGAUAUGGCAGAGCUGCCAGGGUAAAACCAGUUUCAAAGCCAGUUUGAAAGCUCAGUGAGAGGCUGAUAAGAAACCUUCGAUUUACGAGUGCUCAUUGCCUUCCAGCCGUUAUCGGGUUUCAUGCCGGCGAGGCACUUUGUGUGAGUAAUGUCUUCUCUCUGAAGUACACCUUAGUCUACAUUACCUUUCUGUUAAGGGAUGCUUAUGUUUGCUCACUGAGUCACCCAGAGUUCAUGAAUUCAGCUGGAGGGGGGUAGUUUAGCCAGUUUUGGAGAUGAGUGUUGUUCUGGCCAGCAGCCACGCUGUGCUAUUAUUUUUAUUACAAUUUUUUUUUUUUUUUUUUUUUUAAUCAUGCCAUUUAAGUCAGUUGAUAUAACUUUUAAAAGAUGGUGACUUAACCAAUCAGGGGUCCCACACUGAAACCAAUGAGAACACCCUAAAGCAUGGCCAUACAGUAGUUACCUGCAAAACAAGACUCUCUGACUUUUUCUGGUUAUUUGGAGUGUCUUUCAUGCUGAUUGGUCAAUACGUGCCUCGAAAAAAAAAAAGGUUCAGAUGGUUAGAAUGUUCUCAGCAGACUGGGGCUUCCACUGCCUCUACUCUUAGCUAAUCAGGAGUCAUGCUUCAUAUCUGGGUCUGACAGUAAUUUUCAGAUGUUCGAUUUACAAAGUAUUCUUUCAUAAUAAAACGUCUUUCACAGUGUGGGUGGGACAGAGGAGUGAGUUGUUCUAUGUCUGUUCCAUCACUUAGUCUGUAAUAUAGUUCACUGAUGGCCCAAAGACAGCUAGCAGGCUAACAGUGAAUGACACUUUAUAGGAGCCAGUUAGCAUGGUUGACAUUACUCAGUUGAGCAGGGUUAUGUUCAUGAAUAUCAGUGUUAGCAGUAUUGUGAAUGAAGCAUUCUUUUAAGCUGGCAUUCUCAUACAACUUGAUAACUCAUGAACCCAGCUUUGAGGCAUAUCUGCUGAAUAAGAACCUUCACAUGUUUUUUAAAGGUUUCCUCAAAUAAGCUCAAUUUAAGCCCUCGUGGACAUUCUGAGUUGUGUUGACCAUCCCUUUUUAAAAUAAAGAACUUUUAGUGCAUAUUUGAUAUGCCUUUACUUUUCACUUCAACAUGCUAUGAUGAUAAUGCCCCAUUCCAUGAAAAACAAUGUGCAAGGUUUGUCAUAUUUGAGUAUCUGUUAGAAUCUCUCAUAUAAUGAAGUGUACUUUUCCCCAGUAAAAAAAGAGACUGCUGUUUCAGAUGAAGGAGAAGCAUCAGUAAUUUUUACACAUUAUUGAAAAAAAAUUGACUGAGUGCAUUUUGGCCUUACAAUCAUUCUAUUUUAGUAACGAUACCCAUUUGAUGGAAUGUGAAACGUCUUACUACCACUUUUUCCUUGUUUUUUGUUAUAACAUUUUGACUCUGCUGCGACCAUCUUUGUUAGAUACUUGCUUUCCAUGAAUCCUGUGUAUCCCUCCCAAAAAAAAUUAGAACAUUUCGUCUUUCUUUAGUCUGUCUAUAUUUAUGGACCUUGUAGAAACUUUUAUCCCCCACUGGUGUAUUUCUUUCUUUUUUUUUUACUCUUUUGGUGUGUGUGUUUGUGUAAUCUCGUAGUGGCUGAAUCCCAGCCUCCUCUGGGGCCCUGUGUGCCGUGAAGAAAAAGACACAAGAAGCGGUAAUCUGGGCAAAAAUGUUUGCUGCCAUGUUAGAAGACUCACAAACCGUACUGUACUCCUAUGUGUAUAUUAAAAUAUUAUAAGUAAAGUUUUACAGUAGACACAGAUGUUGCUGUGACAUCAAA